AUGUUAUUAAAAGUAGCCUUAUUACUAAUACUUGAAGAAAAAUUCAUUGUUGAGCACUGUAUUUUUGUAGGUCACAGAAUUGAGGAGAUCCCAGAGGUCCCCUUGGUGGUGAGUGAUAAAGUAGAGGAGUUCAAAAAGACAAAGGAAGCUGUCGCUCUCCUAAAAAGAUUGAAAGCAUGGAGUGAUAUUCAGAAGGUGUACAAAUCCAAACGAUUUAGAGCUGGCAAAGGUAAAAUGAGGAACAGACGAAGAAUUCAGAAGAGAGGCCCCCUUGUUAUAUACAACUCUGAUAAUGGAAUCUGUAGGGCAUUCAGAAAUAUCCCUGGCAUAACCCUCAUAAAUGUAUCUCGCCUAAACCUACUAAAGAUUGCUCCUGGUGGUCAUGUAGGAAGAUUCUGUAUCUGGACUGAGUCAGCUUUCAGUAAAUUGGAUAAAUUGUAUGGUACAUGGAAGAAACUGGCUGCAGAGAAAAAGAUUACAAGUAACUUACCUAAACCCAAGAUGACCAAUUCAGAUUUAACAAGAUUAUUAAAGAGUGAUGAAAUUCAGUCUGCUUUACGGUUACCCAAAAGAGACAAUAACAGAAGGAGAGUUCUUAAGAAGAAUCCUUUGAAGAAUCCUCGCGUGAUGAACCAUCUGAAUCCAUACAGUAAAGUGAUGAGGAAAGCUGCUCAGAAUGUGGAAGCCACUCGCAAGGCUGCCCGUCAGGCUAAGCUGGAUGCUAAGCGCGGGAUUAAAACUGAAGCCAAGCCAGCUGCCAAGAAAACAGCAAAGACCAAGCCAGCAAAGAAGUAAACAGAGGAUAGUAAAUGGCAACUCUAAUCUGUAUGACUGAACAUUACUAAAUAGUGUCAGGAUUUAAUUUAUUGUUGUCCAAAUAAAGUAUCUUCUGGUUGAUAA